AAGUUGAGCUAAGUGAGUAAUGCACCUAGUUAAAGUUUUCAACGCGGCUGCAAUUUGGGGAGUGAAAGAAAGGGAAAGAGCCAGAUCAGAAGCUGUUAUUUCACAAGCUGAGCUCAUUUUAAAGAGGGUCAUGAACACAAGGAUGGCGAUUUUCGGGUUCUAACAAUUGCAAGCGUCCUUCCUGAGCAACGUAUUUGGUCACGGCAAACAUCAUGUGGAGUUUUCUGGCUCUGCUUUGAAAUUGGAUUUCUUCGUUGAAAAGGGGGGAGAAAGAGUAUGGAUGAUUCGGCCUUCUUUGACAUGCUGGAAUGCCCAGUGUGCCUGGAGAAGCUGGAUGUCUCGGCCAAAGUACUCCCCUGCCAGCACACCUUCUGCAAGCCUUGCCUCCAGAGGAUCUUGAAGUCACACAAGGAGCUUCGGUGCCCGGAAUGCCGAGCCCUGGUCCUCUGCAGCAUUGAGGAGCUUCCAGCCAACCUGCUUUUGAUCCGCUUGUUGGAUGGAAUCAGAUUUGGACCCAACAGGAUGAAGUUUGGCUCGCUGCAAAGAUCUGGGGUCCUCUCCUCUCCUGCCUCCAUCAGGCGAUUCCAGGAAGAGCCAAGAGCUGUGCAACUCAAUCAAUACAGGCUGACUGCCAGUCCCAGGAUCCCUAUGGAAGGGGUUCCCCAGGCAAAAGCCUUGUACAGCUACAGAGGGCACAACCCCGGAGAACUGAGGUUCAACAAAGGUGACACCAUUAUAUUGCACCGUCAGCUGGAUGAAAACUGGUACCUAGGAGAGAUCAAUGGGGUCAGUGGUUUCCCAACAAACUCAGUGCAAGUUAUCAAACAGCUGCCACAGCCACUCCCCCUGUGCAGAGCACUUUAUAACUUUGAUCUGAAGUCCAGGAACAGAAAUGAAAAAACAGACUGUCUGCCAUUUCAUAAGGGUGAUAUAAUUACUGUCAUCAGCCGGGUGGAUGAGAAUUGGGCAGAGGGCAAGUUAGGCGACAGAACUGGAAUUUUCCCCAUCUUGUUUGUGGAGCCAAAUACGACAGCACGGCAACUUCUUCAGACAAGCAAAAGUCACCAAUCCUCCCAGCUGAAAUAUGGUUCACCUUUGCGAAAAUCCUUGCCCAGAACAAAGGGCACAGAGUCACCCACUUUCUCCGAAUCUAGACGGAAAAGUGUGAAGCAGUUCUCUAUCACAACAGCCUUAAAUACGCUCAACAGGAUGGUCCAUUCACCCAUGGGACGGCAGACUCUAGACAUCAGCUCUCCUGUGCUCAUCAGCUCCAGCAACCCCUCAGUGACGACCCAGAACCAUGAGAAAAUAGAAUUCCCCUACAGCACACCUGUUCAGGUCAGCACUUCCUAUUACUCGGCCCCUGGGCCCCUGGGGCAGCCGACAGCCAUUGUCACCCUGCCUCAUUUACAGCAACACCUGCCGGUGAAUAUGUGCGUUGCUCUGCACUCCUACACAGCUCACAGUCCAGACGAACUAGAGUUGCAGAAAGGAGAAGGUAUCCGUGUUUUGGGAAAAUACCAUGAAGGCUGGCUAAAAGGAAUGUCGCUGGUUACAGGAAAGGUUGGAAUCUUCCCCAGCAAUUACGUCGCUCCACUUUUCAGGAAGUCCUCAAGCUUCCCUGAUUCAAGGAUGCCUUCCCUCUAUGCGACUUGGACAUUAUCCACUUCCUCACUUUCCUCCCAGGGAAGCAUCUCAGAGAACGGCCCAAGGCAAAGCAGACCUAUGAAAUCUGCCUUCAUGCCCGCAUCUUUGGCCUCACCUGUGAGGAAUGUCUCUGUGCCAAGCACCUCAGGGCACACAACUCCGCAGAGGAGAGGACGUGGCAGCAGUAGGAAGAAUGGAUCUUUACAGAAACCUUUGCAACCAGGAGCUCUUAUUCCAUUUGUCAACUCCCUCAGGCGAGCUCCUGCCACCCAAACACGAGUGCAGCAAUCUCCAACUUAUCAACAUAUCUCCUCUCUGCCCCGAGGGAUUAGCACGGCUGACACGGGAGCCAGGCCGAAUUCCUCCCAUGAUUCUUCAUUCAUAUUAGUGCCCCGAAGCGGGAAUAGCCGAGCUCCUUCUGUGUGUAGCUCAGUAAUAUUGGACACCAAGGAAUUGCCUACAAAAAAUGAAUCAUCUCUAAAGCCACCUGCAUCUGCUCCACCCUCCAUUCUGGUGAAGCCAGACACAUCCAGGAACACCACUGAGAAGCAAGUGAAAACUGUGAGAUUUCAGAACUCCAGCCCACCACCAUCCAAGAGGCACAGCUCCCUACCUUUACCGACCCUCUCCAAUGAGCAAGGAGGGGUCACAGAAGCACCCAAGAGCCCUGAGAUAUCAGCUCUCUACUCCCACCAUAUUAUCAUCGCUAGUCCAGUUUCUCAGAGGAGGAUGCUGCAUCCCAAGACCUCAUCACUGGACCUUUCUGGCCAAGCAGGCCAUCUGACCUUUCCGACAAAAAAACAUUAUAAUAGUAUCUCUGAAAACUGAGACGGGUAAACAUAGUUUAGAUUGCUUACAGAGGAGAAUGGCAACAAAUGUCCAAAGUGAAGCUAACAGCCACCACAUACGCCAUAGAUCUCAGAUCCAAUCUGUCAACACAAAUGUAAGUCUCGUAGAAGAGCUGGGCUUCUUUCAGGCAUCUACACCACUGCUGGCUAUGUAGUGGAUUGGAUACCAUUUCCCCCCCAUAUUGGACAGAAGCGUCUUUUUUGAGUGGCUUUGAUCUACAACUCAAGCUGCAAGCGUGCAUCAGGGAUGUGUCGUUCCCCAUAUGCAAAGACUACCACAAAAUUAAUUCCAUUGCCACAAGUAGAUAAAAAUAUGACGGAGAGGGGAAUAGAUUGUGAGUAUGGCAGGCUAUUCAAAAGACAAACUGCUCUAAGAAAGGUUCAGCACUGUACAAUGCAAUCGGAAAAGCAAACCUGUCAGAAAAAGACUUCUUCUCUAUACCUUCCUUUACCUUCUCU